AUGAAUCCGACCGACGUGGUCGCCACAGCCCAGCAAGCUGUCCUGUCUUCGGCCGACCAGACGUCGUCAGAGAAUGGGGUCGCGCCGUCAAAGGGAACAGCAUCAUCAACUCAGACUUCCCAGGAGGAAGCGUGUUCAAUACGAAAUGACGACUCUAGCAAAGGUGGACCAUCUAGCCCGAAGAAGGGCAGUCGGACGAACGGAACAAGCAAGGAUUACACGGCAGACGAAUCUUCCACUGAAAGGAAAGACAACGCUCGCGAUGAAGGCGAGAUCAGCAGCAGCAGACCAGAUAAAUCAGCCAAGCAGGAUGACAACAACCAUGAUGCACUGGAGGCCGAUGACUACAUGCCAGAAGGUGAUGCCGGCGAGAUGAGCUUCGUCAUCGAUACAGCAGGUGACAUGGACGUCGACCAAGAAAUUUCAAUGGACAACGAAAGCAAGACAGACAAAGUCGAAACGCAUGUCGAGGCAGGCCUGCUGCUCCCAUCACACGUCAAUGUGAUCCCACGAGCAGACCACCCGGCUUCUAAGGCUGGCAGCAGCUCUGCCGGGCCAUCACAAAAAGCAUCUGCCGACAACACGAGCGAUAACCAAGGUCUGGAAGAAGACUUCGAGGGCGACAUGGGAGACUUUGAACAGCUCGACAUGGACCCGUCAACAGCGAAUCGCUACUACGGAGUAGAAGAGAAAGCCGAACGCAGAGCCAAGGAGCAAUGCCUUGGCUGUGGAGAGUUUGGUCACGAUCGACGUCACUGCCCACAUCAACAUUGCCUAGCAUGUGGAGCGAUGGACGAGCAUCUGACACGCUUUUGUCCAUUGUCGACAAGUUGCUUCCGAUGUGGUGGAAUGGGUCACCAGACAAGAACCUGUCCCAAGCCACGACGUGGGCCCCGCAGCGAAGAAUGCGAGCGAUGCGGAUCCUACAGCCAUGUCAAAGCGCUCUGUCCAACACUAUGGCGCGUAUACACAUACAGCACAUCAGAAGACUUUGAUCGUCAUCGAGCAAAAGCGUUCUUCAAGCUGCAGCAUGGAAAAGGCGCACGAGAUCCGAGGAAAGAUCUGGAACCUGAUCCGGCUGAGCUUUUAGACUCAGAAGAUGAAUUCACAAGAGCAGGAGAACCUGAAGCGCCAAGUGGAGCGGGAGAGUCGCAGUUUGAUCCGGCAACAAGGUGGUGUUACAACUGUUCGACUGCUGGGAAUCAUUGGGGAGAUGACUGUCCAGAACCACGAGUCAACCCGACAAGAGACACAGGCGAGCCGUCAGCAUUCUCCGAGUUCGUGUCUCGAUUAGGACCAUUUGCGAAGCUCUUGCCAGGCGCACCACCGCUAGCUGGAUUCAAUAUGCCGCCUUCACAGUUCACGUUCAAUGUGGGUAGCGGUGCAACGAUGCAUGUUGCAGGAGAUGUUGUGCCUAGUCCAAGGGGAAGGAAUGCAGCAAAUGGGGCAAACAGCUCUCGACACGGUCAGUCCAUUCGUGACCACCGCGGUGGCGGCGGCAGCAGCGGUGCGCCUCUGACGAUUGGCAAGCACAUCUUGUCAUCCCGCAGCUCAAGUCGCACCUCCUCGCCAGCCUCUGCACAUGCAGGUCCUUCUUCACGCUCGCGUGGAGGUGACAAUGAACGCUUAGUCUCGUUUGACCGCACCAAAGCUAUUGAGUGCGAAGGAGGCUUCCUCACGCGCAAAGAGAAGAAGAAGGGCAAGGUACCCCUUCCCGAGCACCUCUUCCGACAAUGGGUUCGAGAUCGUCACGACUAUCCUGAACACGCAGAGGAGAUCCGAGCUGCGCUUGAGAAGCGUGCUGAGCUCCAAUCGAAAGGUCUUGACACUAAAAGUGUCCCCAGCACGAGAGAUAUCGUUGGAGAUCUUGCUGGCAAACGAGGUAGUAGGCGGUCCACUAAUACAGACUCUCGCCCGAGUAAGAAGCGCAAAGGUGACUCAUUUAAUGAUCCUGUCGUAGUUGAGAGUGACGACGACGCUGCUGAUGUCUAUCACAAUUAUGGCACGUUUAGCGACACCGACAGCGGUUCGGAUUCCGACGACAAUGGCAGUAGAAGAAAGAAACGAAGAGGUGACGAAAAGAAUAACCGAAGAGGUAGAGGACAGAAAGACAAAGCAGCUCCUCAUACUGGGUGGGGUCAUUCUGGCGAUAGUGGCAGCAAAGGCGGCGGACCCAAACGUGGAAAGUUCUCGAGGAAGAAUCAAAAAGCCAGAUCAAAGCCUUAUGAACGGGACACUGAUGGUGCUAGCAGUCGUAACAGUGGCAGUGGUGGAAAGAGGAGGCGUGGAAGAGGCAAUGGUGGAGGUGGCGGUCAUGGUAAUGGUAAUGGUGAUAACGGUAGUCGUGGAGGAGGCGGCGGAGGUAGCAAAUCCAAGCAGAAUGGCGGCGGAGGUGGAGAGAAAGUUCGUGGUGGGGGUAGCAAGUAUCGCGGUGGUUACUUUUAA